AUGGAGCUUCUACAGGGAUCUGUGGGGGCACCCCAGCUGCUGAAUUUGGGGGCUGGGGUUGUCGCUCUGUUGUUGACAGUUGUGGCCAUGCGAUGCCUGCCUUCCCUGAUGGAUUACUGGAGGAUGUGGAGGGUGAUGAAGCCGAUUCCAGGUGUCAGCCCCUGCUAUCCUGUGCUGGGAAAUGCUCCACUCUUCGAGCAGGAAGGAGAGGGUUUUUUUAAACAACUACAAUUUUAUGUUGAAGAGUUCAGGAAAUGGCCGUUGUUCAAACUCUGGAUAGGACCAUUGCCUGUCCUGGUUUUGUAUCACCCUGACAGUGUGGAGGUUAUUCUGAACAGUUCAAAACAUAUAGAAAAAUCAUACCUGUACAACUUCUUGCAUCCGUGGCUGGGUACUGGGCUUCUGACAAGCACUGGGGAAAAGUGGCGGUCACGGAGAAAGAUGAUAACUCCCACGUUCCACUUCUCAAUCUUAACUGACUUUUUAGAGGUUAUGAAUGAACAAGGAGGUAUUUUGUUAGAGAGACUUGAGAAGCAUGUUGACAAGGAACCAUUUGAUAUCUUUCUGGACAUCACUCUGUGUGCCCUUGAUAUAAUCUGUGAAACAGCAAUGGGCAAGAAUGUGGGUGCUCAGGAAAAUAAGGAUUCUGAGUAUGUUCGUGCUAUAUACAGGAUGGGUGAUCUAAUCCAACGGCGACAGAUAAGCCCUUGGCUUUGGCCUGAUCCUCUAUUUAGUCUGUCAAAGGAAGGAAGAGAACAUGAGAGAAGCCUCAAGAUCCUUCAUGAUUUUACAGAUACAGUUAUUGCAGAAAAAGCUGCAGAACUUGAAAAAAGCAAGCAAACAAAAUGUGAUACUGACAGCAACUGUGAAGAAAGUUACUCCAAAAAGAGAAAAGCUUUCCUGGACAUGCUGUUGUGCACAACAGAUGAUGAAGGGAAAAAAUUGAGCUAUGCGGACAUUCGUGAGGAAGUGGAUACUUUCAUGUUUGAGGGCCAUGAUACAACAGCAGCUGCCAUGAAUUGGGCACUUUACUUACUUGGACAUAAUCCUGAAGCCCAGAAGAAGGUUCACAGAGAACUGGAUGAGGUGUUUGGCAAUAGUGAGUGUCCUGUUACAAUGGGUGAUUUGAAGAAGCUUCGAUACCUUGAGUGUGUUGUGAAAGAAGCCCUUCGGCUCUUCCCUUCCGUUCCCAUGUUUGCCCGUACCUUGAGAGAGGAUUGUGUUAUUGAUGGAUAUCAGGUACCAAAAGGCACAAAUGUUCUUGUCAUAACUUAUGCUCUGCAUAGAGACCCCGAGAUCUUCCCUGACCCAGAGGAGUUCAGACCUGAGCGAUUCCUCCCUGAAAACUGCAAGGGAAGGCACCCGUAUGCUUAUGUGCCCUUCUCAGCUGGACCCAGGAACUGCAUUGGUCAGCGUUUUGCACAAAUGGAAGAGAAAACUCUUCUAGCCCUCAUCCUGCGACGCUUUUGGGUGGACUCCUGUCACAAUCGAGAAGAGCUUCGUAUAGCUGGAGAACUGAUUCUCCGUCCAAAUGCAGGCAUCUGGGUUAAACUGAAGAGGAGGCCGAACACCGGAUCAGAAUGA